UUCUCUAAAUUCCCUUCCAACUUGUGCAGCUUCAUUUUUCCAAAAUUAAACCGCCUCUCUCUCUCAUCCUGCUAUAAUUAGCAACACUUCCUCCUCCCUUGAGGUUUCUUUUCUCCCAUACUCUCACAAAGACAAAGAAAGAGAGAGAAAGUGAAGGAGAGGUGAAGAGGCGAUUAAUGGAGCUAAGUCAGAAUGUGUUCUUGGAGGAGCUGCUGCUAGCACCUGCAAGAAGUAAUAGUGAUUGGGCGGCGGCGGCUGCCUGCUUUUCACAUGAAGGAGGAGGAGGAGGAGUGAACUAUGAGCAGCAGUUCCUCCCUCACCACCAUCAAUGGUGGAAUAGCUUUGACCCUUUUGAAGAGGAUCCAUCAGCUUCCUCAUCACUGACAGCCCGACCACCAGAUCAGAACCCACUCACAGCCACAGGACUAGUAAUGGUCUCAGAGCACAGCCCUGCUGAUGACUACUACUCCCACUACUCUUUCCUGGACCCACCACCACCUUACACCUGCACAGUCCCUGAAGUGGAGGGCAGUACUGAUCCAACCCCUCCUCCAUACCCCUUUGGGGACCCUACAGGAUGCACUCCCCCAUCACUGGUGGAGGACCACCCGGAUGCACUCCUCAGCAGCUGCAGCAACAACAACAACAACAACAACAAUGGCAUUGGCUGCUGCAAAGUUGAGGACAUGGAGCAACUGGUGGACAACCACAGUGCUGGUAGCUUCAGCAUGGGCUGCUGUGCUGGAGAUCAGGUUAGCAGUAAGAGCAGCACUCCUGUUAGGCCCAAGAGGUUGGAGGGUCAGCCCUCCAAGAACCUCAUGGCCGAGCGGCGGAGGAGGAAGCGCCUCAACGACAGGCUCUCCAUGCUCAGAUCCAUCGUCCCAAAGAUCAGCAAGAUGGACAGAACAUCCAUACUUGGAGACACAAUAGAUUACAUGAAGGAGCUGCUGGAGAGAAUCAACAAACUGCAGGAUGAGGACAUGGAAGUGGGGACAAGCCCUCUCAGCCUCAUGGGCUUCUCCAGAGAGUUAAAGCCCAAUGAAGUCCUUGUUAGAAACUCCCCCAAGUUCGAUGUGGAAAAGAGGGACUUGGGCACCAGGAUUGAUAUAUGUUGUGCUACGAAGCCGGGGCUUCUCCUAUCAACUGUAAACACCUUGGAACUACUCGGCCUUGAGAUUCAACAAUGUGUUAUCAGCUGCUUCAAUGAUUUCUCAAUGCAGGCUUCCUGUUCCGAGGUGACAGAGAGAACAGUGAUCAGUCCUGAAGACAUAAAGCAAGCACUGUUCAGGAAUGCUGGUUAUGGUGGAAGAUGCCUGUAGUAGUCGCUAGUAGUACUGCUUCUAGGAACAUGGAGAAUAUAUAAUUUGGCAAAUAAUUAAUUCAUUUCGAGUGCCGAUCUUGUAACUCUCAUUAAAUAAUUUGUUCAUGAUCAUUCAUUAUCUGCCAUCCAUUAAUUCGAGACUGUCUUCUUCUUGCUCCAAUUGGGAUAUAUAUAUUGUUGUAUUCCAAGAGGGACACUUUUUUC